CGGGCGUGGCCGUGGGCUGGCGGCGGCGCGCAGUCCCGAGUGAAAGGAGAAGGAGGGGCACGGGGGUGACGGUGCGGGACCCAUUGCCAGUGCCGGCGAGUGUAGGCGGCCAGGGCGCACGAAGGAGGUGGGCCAGAGGCCCGGUCAGCUGCCCGGACCCUCCGGACCAACCCCAGGCCAGGCGGCGGCGGUUUCUGGCUAGGUGGGGAGGCGCUGCCAAGCCCCAGCAGAGGAAGAUGUUCAACGUGGAGUCGGUGGAGCGGGUGGAGCUGUGCGAGAGUCUUCUCACUUGGAUCCAGACAUUUAAUGUGGAUACACCAUGCCAGACCGUGGAAGAUUUAACGAAUGGGGUUGUGAUGGCCCAGGUUCUCCAAAAGAUAGAUCCCGCAUAUUUUGAUGAAAAUUGGCUAAACAGAAUCAAAACUGAAGUGGGAGAUAAUUGGAGGCUAAAGAUUAGCAAUUUAAAGAAAAUUUUAAAAGGAAUCCUAGAUUACAAUCAUGAGAUUUUAGGACAACAGAUUAACGACUUUACCCUUCCUGAUGUGAACCUCAUUGGGGAGCAUUCUGAUGCUGCAGAGCUUGGAAGGAUGCUCCAGCUCAUUUUAGGCUGUGCUGUGAACUGUGAACAGAAGCAAGAGUACAUCCAAGCCAUUAUGAUGAUGGAGGAAUCUGUUCAGCAUGUUGUCAUGACAGCCAUUCAAGAGUUAAUGAGUAAAGAGUCUCCUGUCUCUUCUGGGAAUGAUGCCUAUGUUGAUCUUGAUCGCCAGUUGAAGAAAACUACAGAGGAAUUAAAUGAAGCUUUGUCAGCAAAAGAAGAAAUUGCUCAAAGAUGUCAUGAAUUAGAUAUGCAGGUUGCCGCAUUGCAAGAGGAGAAAAGUAGUUUGUUAGCAGAAAAUCAGAUAUUAAUGGAAAGACUCAAUCAAUCUGAUUCUAUAGAAGAUCCCAACAGUCCAGCAGGAAGAAGGCAUUUGCAACUCCAGACUCAAUUAGAACAGCUACAAGAAGAAACAUUCAGACUAGAAGCAGCCAAAGAUGAUUAUCGAAUACGCUGUGAAGAGUUGGAAAAGGAAAUCUCUGAACUUCGGCAACAGAAUGAUGAAUUAACCACUUUGGCAGAUGAAGCUCAGUCUCUAAAAGAUGAAAUAGAUGUUCUUAGACAUUCUUCUGAUAAAGUAUCUAAACUAGAAGGUCAAGUGGAAUCUUAUAAAAAGAAGCUGGAAGACCUUGGUGAUUUGAGGCGGCAGGUUAAACUCUUAGAAGAGAAGAAUACUAUGUACAUGCAGAAUACUGUCAGUCUAGAGGAAGAGUUAAGAAAGGCCAAUGCAGCACGAAGUCAACUUGAGACAUAUAAAAGACAGGUAGUAGAACUUCAAAAUAGAUUAUCUGAAGAAUCAAAGAAAGCAGAUAAAUUAGACUUUGAAUAUAAGCGGCUAAAAGAAAAAGUUGAUAGUCUUCAAAAGGAAAAGGAUAGAUUAAGAACAGAAAGGGAUUCUCUAAAGGAAACCAUUGAAGAGCUUCGUUGUGUACAGGCUCAGGAAGGACAGCUUACCACUCAAGGAUUAAUGCCUCUGAGCAGUCAGGAGUCUUCAGACAGCCUAGCGGCAGAGAUUAUUACACCUGAAAUCAGGGAGAAACUUAUUCGUCUUCAGCAUGAGAAUAGAAUGCUAAAAAUUAAUCAAGAGGGUUCAGACAAUGAAAAAAUUGCCUUAUUGCAGAGCCUUUUAGAUGAUGCAAAUCUACGCAAGAAUGAACUGGAGACAGAGAACAGGCUGGUGAAUCAAAGACUUCUGGAAGUACAGUCACAAGUUGAAGAACUGCAGAAAUCUUUACAAGAUCAAGGCUCGAAAGCAGAAGAUGCUAUUUCAGUACUUCUGAAAAAGAAGCUUGAAGAACAUUUAGAGAAGCUUCAUGAAGCCAAUAAUGAAUUGCAAAAGAAGAGAGCCAUUAUUGAAGAUCUUGAGCCAAGAUUUAACAACAGCUCCUUAAAAAUUGAAGAGUUACAAGAAGCAUUACGGAAAAAAGAAGAGGAAAUGAAGCAAAUGGAAGAACGAUAUAAAAAAUAUUUAGAGAAAGCCAAAAGUGUUAUCCGUACCUUAGAUCCUAAACAGAACCAAGGAGCAGCACCAGAAAUACAAGCUCUUAAAAAUCAACUCCAGGAAAGAGAACGACUAUUCUACUCAUUAGAGAAAGAAUAUGAGAAAACGAAGAGUCAAAGAGAGAUGGAGGAGAAAUACAUUGUUAGUGCCUGGUACAAUAUGGGAAUGACUCUGCACAAAAAGGCUGCUGAAGAUAGGCUGGCUAGUACAGGUUCAGGGCAGUCAUUUCUAGCUAGGCAAAGACAAGCAACCAGCACAAGAAGAUCUUAUCCAGGCCAUGUUCAACCAGCCACAGCAAGACAGGGUCUUGCUAUGUUACCCUGGUCGGCCUGUAACCCUUGGGCUCAGGUAAUCCUCUGUCCUUUGCCUCGCCCUCCAAAGUGGCUGAUACUACAGGUGUGGACAGGACAGCUGCUAAUGUAUCAGAUUUUGACAACAGAAUAUUAAAAACUACUUGAGAUGGUUCUCACCCCUACCUUUAUUUCACAAAUAACAUAAACAUUCUACAUUUUUUUUUUUGAGGUGGGGGUGGUAUCGAGGGUUGAACUCAGAGGACCCCUGCCACUCAGCUACAUUUCCAGCCCUUUUUAUUUUUCAUUUUGAGACAGGGUCUCACUAAGUUGCUUAGGGCCUUGCUGAGUUUCUGAGACUGUGAUCUCAGAAACUUGUGAUCUUCCUGCCUCAGCCUCACAUGUCACUGGAAUUUACACACAUGUGCCACCCACCCAGCCCAGCCACUUUUAAAAACAAAUUAGGACUAAUAAACAUACUGAUUUGGAACCCUUAAUGAUAUGUUAAUUGCUUUCAUAAGUUUAUCAACUUUUUAAUGUAUAUUAUUCCUGUAAUAAACUAAUUAAAUCAAAAACAAAUUAGGGGGGGCUGGGGAGAUAGCUCAGUUGGUAGAGUACCUGCCUUGUAAGCACAAGGCCCUGGGUUCGAUCCCCAGCACCCCCCCCCCAAAAAAAAACAUUAGGAACACUAACAUUGGCAAUAAAAAUUAUUGGUAUAUUAUUUAUGCAAAAUAAAGCAGAUGAAAAUGAGACCCUGAACUUCCCAUUAUGUGAGUUCUGUCUGUGAGGUGAGAGUACUAAUCUCUUACCCACCCAGCUACCCAGAUGUUUUUCUCAGAAUGGGUUGGAAAGACAUGAAACUUUUAGAAGGAAAUUUUAUUUCUGAUUUUCUUCAGCAUCUGUUAUAUAGCAGGCUUUUAUAAGAAAUGGUACCUAAAUAUAAUUUAGGUUUCAGAAAGCCAAUAAUAAACAUUAACUAUGACAGCAUACUCAUAUUUCCUGUCCAGUUUUGGACAGAAAUCUGACAUUUCUAUUUCUCAAGUCAUUAUCAAUUUCUCAGCUGGUUUGUGGUGAUGCAUGGUCUUUCCACAUGUUAAGAGACAUUAGGAGGGCACGGUGGCACACACUUAUAAUCCCAGCGACUCAGGAUGCUGAGGCAGGAGAAUCACAAGUUCAAAGCCAGCCUCAGCAAUUUAACAAGACCCCAUCUCAAAAAAAAAAAAAAAAAAAGGACAGGACAGGAUGUGGCUCAGUGGCAGUGGUUGAGCACCCCCAGAUUCAAUCCCUGGCACAAAAAUAAAGAGAGACUUUAGGGGCUUGAUCUGAGCUAUAUUUUCUUGCAUCCAGUGGCUUUGUGAAGCCAUCAUGUUUGUGUACAUUGAGGAACUGCAUUAGGUCAGUUUGAGCUGUCACCACAGCUUCCGAAUUCUUAUAAACAAAAGGCCUAUUUUCUGUGCUCCUCCUAACCAAGGUAAGAAAAUGCAAAGUAAAUAACUAAAAAAUAUUAACAUUUAUGUUCCAUAGUGUGUGUUUAAGUAUGUGUUUAUAAUAGGAAACAAAUCCAGUAAAUAUAAUACUUUAUAUGUCUAAAAUGAAAAUUAAUAGUACAGUUGUACAUAUUUUCAAAGAACUUUCAAAAUCUAGAUCGUAUCUUUUUACCAUUUGUCUAACUACUUGAUAAUUACCAAAAAAGAAGUCCCUAAAUGAAAGACCCAGAUUCCAAAAUUUAUCAAGAUUAAAUUAUUUCUAUUAGCUAUGUUAGCCUGGCAAAAUUGACUUAAUGAGAUGAUUAGAUUAUAAUAAUGUGGUCUUUAUUUUCUUGAAGUUUUAUUUAGUUAAUAUAAUUAAAACAAUUGUACAAAAUUAAGCUAAAGUUAUUCAGUUAGAAAUAAAGGUGCAUUUCAUUCUCACAAAGAAAUGAAAAUCUGUGCUGUGCAAAUAGUUCAAUAGUGAGGGAUUGUUAAGUGAAAGAUGAGUAAGGUUGAAGAAAAGAUACAUUUUAUCUGUAAGCUACUUUACAUUUUUUCAGUGACAGUUUAGUCUUGUUAUUUAAGUAAACGUAAAAUAGUUUGGAGUGUCUCUUGUUCUCAUGCAAGCAUUCAUCUAUUAAAGUUUUAGUGGUAACACCAUUUUUAAAACUUCAAUUUUUAUUCCACCAUGAGAAUCACCUUAAAACAAAAUCUAAAUUUCCAAAAAUUCUCUGAAUUCUCUGCAUUUCAUCUUUAGUUGUCCAGAUCUCAUAUUCCAGGAAUGUUACAGUUAUAUCCAGUUGGAAAAUGUAAGAUUGGCUCAACUAGUGGAAACCUAGCUAGUUUAUAGCCAUGUAGGCAAGAACAUCUUUGAGCAAAGUGAGAGGAUAAUGCUUGGCAUCUUGCUUUUUGCUCAGGUUGUAAUAAGAACAUUAAUAUCAAAUGUCUUUUGUUGUCUACUCAUUAAACUAUGAAAGAAUAUUUUGAGUUUUUGUUUGUUGUAUUGGUGCUGAGAGUUGAACCCAGGACCUUGUGCAUGUUAGGCAAAUACUUAAACAUUCAGUUGUACUCUAUCCUAUUUUGACUUUCUAUUAUUAUGUGUAAAGGGAUUUAUUUUUUUACCUCAAAAAGGUCAUCAAACUAAUUUAGCCUUGUACUUCUUAACAGUGACUGAAACUUACGUGACAUCCUAAAAUGAAAGAAUGUACUGAACAAAAUACAAUGGAAUAUCAGACAAAAAUCUUAGAAAAUUAUUUUAUCAUUUAAAAUUUCUUUUCUUUUAUAAGUUAAAAGGGUUUCCCAUUCAAUAUUCAAAAGAAAAUCUCUGCCAGGCUUGGUGGCCGGGCCUGUAAUACCAGCUACUCAGGAGGUGAGGCAGGAGGAUCACAAAUUCAGGGCCAACCUGGACAAUUCAGCAAGAUUCUGUCCCAAAACUAAAAGAACUGUGUUUGUACUCUGUGCUAGAGAGCUUCCCUAGUAGCUCAAUCCCUAGCACCACAAAAAUUAAAAAGAAAAAUACAGAUAAUUUCUUUUCCUAUAAUCCAAUUAAAAUGUAGGUUAUUUUAGUAGCUGACCAACCCACUUUCAUUAUAUUUAGAAAGAAGUUUCAGAAUUUAUUCUUAUAAUAAUUUGAGUAUCAUUUAAAAAUUUUUUUUAGUUGUCAAUGGACCUUUAUUUUAUUUAUUUAUUUAUAAUGGUGCUAAGGAUCACCAAGGGCAUCAGACAUGCCAGGCAAACGCUGUACCACUGAGCCACAGCCCCAGCCCCAGCCCUGAUUUGAAUAUCUUAUGUCAUCAACUUUUUUAUUUUAGGCUAGUCUCAAUGUAUCUGUUUUCUGAUUUUUUACUUUCUGUAAGAAGUAUUUAAGUAAUUGUCAUAUGUUCACUUUAUUGAAAAAUUUAGAUGUUUUAUUGCCCUAUUUCUUAAUAAUAAUGUUCUAAAGUUUUCAAUACUGUUUAGUUCUCAAAAGCCUAGAGAACAAAAUGAUUUUCUACUGACAAAGCUAAUUUCUACCCCUCCUUAUUCCCCCAAAUUAUGAAAGUAUUACUAUAUAGCAUCAUUUUUAUAAAAUGAAGGACAGCACAAAUGUGAUGGGUUCAACUUCUAAAGCACUGAUUAUGUUCUUGGGAAGUACAUAUUGAUAGUUCUUUUUAUUUUUUAGUUGUACAUAACAUUAGAAUUCAUUCUGACAUAAUUUUAAAAAAUAGAAUAUAAUUUGGUCUAAUUCAGUGCUUCUGCUUUCCCUCCUAAGGCCCUCCGCAUUCCCUUCCCUCUACUCUACUGAUCUUUCUGUUAUUUACUUGUAGUUUUUUUUUUUUUUUUUUAAUUAGUGCCUUGUCAACGUACGUAAAGGUGAAAUGCACUAUGUAUAUUCAUAUAUAUACAUAGGAAAGAUAGGUCAGAUUCACUCUGCUGUUCUUCCCUUCUUCCAUCCCUCCUUUCUCCCCCUCAAUCCCUUCCUCUACUCCACUGAUUUCGAUGGAAUCCCCCCACCCUUUUCUUUUUCUUUUUUUAAAUUUUUUCCUUAUUUUGGACAACAUGUUGAUUAUUCUUCAGAAACCUUUCAUUAAUCCAGUUCACAUGUUUUUGAAUAGAAAAACUCAUAAAAUCUAAAUAUAAUGUUGUAUUUAAACAUGAAUAUCCUUGGAUUUUUCCCAUUUCACUGAAAGAACAGAGAAGGGACAUUAUCUUGAUGAACAAGUUUUGGAAAUUGUGGAGAGUCCAUAAGAGCUUCCUAAUAUAGAUACGUACAUACACACACAAACACACACACAUAGAUAUUAGGAAUUACUUGCUGUCUCUUCAGUAUUUUUUUCUCAUAUUUUCUAAUAUUCUGUGAAGUUAAGUUUGCAUCUAGUAUGCAUGUGAUGAUAAAAAUCAAAGGAAGUAACAGAUUUUUAAGGAAAUCCAUUCUAGAAAGUAGGAUGGAUAUUGGGAUAAAAAAUGCCCAAUUACUAACAAACAUCUAAGCAGAUAGAAGUACUAAUACAACAAAAACUUACACUAUCUUAACAAAUGUUUCUGAAGUAAUAGUUUACAUAAAAUCUGUCUUUAUUGUGUAAUUUGAUAAAAGUUUAGACAAAAAUUAAUUUCAUUUCUAAUUGUCCUUCCCUUCAUCAAGUAUUAACCAGGCACAUAAUAUAACUGUAUAUGUUUGUGAUUAGUGGAGGGGAAAACACUUACUCUCAUUAUGAGACCAUUAAGCCAUUACUAAGUCUAAGAUGUUUAUUUUAGACUAUUAAAAGUAGUAUAAUUUGAUGAGAUGAGAAAAAGAUCUGUGGUGUCUGAAAAUCAUGACCAACUUCCCAACAGUUAUCUAGCUCUGCCAUUUUUUUCUAGUUUACAAGCCAUGGGCUUAAUGUUAUAUCCCCCUUAAUUACACAUAGUAGUCCCACAAAAGAUGAUGUUUAAUUAAAAUGAAGGCCAAAGUAGACAUUUUUAAAGACAUUUAAAGUGAACCUUUAUGUACCUGAUACAUUACCACUAGGCUGAAAAUCAGGUAUUUAGGGUCUGAGGAUAAAGUCAGAGAUGUCCAAAGCCUCAAAAUUUUAGGCCCCAGGGGCAAUCAAAUCCUGAAUGACAUCUAUUAGGAGCUGAAAAAAAAGAAAUAUCGUGAGAACAAACUCAAAAGUGAUAGGAGAGGAAAAAAAACAAAAACAAAAACAAAAACAAAAAACUACCAAAUCAUGCUGAGGCUUUUGUGUAGACAUAAAGGAGGCUUCUGAGUAGGCUUUAUCACUUGAAAGAGCUCUGAAUUGACAAAAGAAAGUAAUUAGUUUAGCAGGUAUAUUAUAAAAUUAAUGAAAACCAUGUUUGUAUUUGAUGUGUUUGUCAACCUAUGGACAAUUGAUUACUGUAUAUAUAUUCUGUAGUCUGUUUAUUUUAUGUAUGUCAGUGUUAGAGACAAGUGUCUUAAUAUUAUAUACUAUUAUUCUGAUCAUUUGUGUUAUUUAUACUUUACAGCAAGAUUUACAGCACUUUACUAAUAUUAGAUAAUUAUUUGCCCUCUUCCCUUCUAAUUUUUCUGUGGCAUUUUCUAUUAAUAUUUUAGUCAGGAAUCUGAAGUUCUAAGUCUAGAAAUCUGUUUGUAGCUGGGUUGGGUUACUGGGCAUCGAUUACUUUUUAUAUAUCACAUUAAAAAGCCUCUUUUAAAACAUAACACCCUAAAACCAAAACAUCUUAAAUGCAGACACACUUAAAACGUUGUUUUCCAGAGUCGUAUUAAUAUGAAACAGUCUUCUGUUUAAUCAGAAGACUUAUCUUAUUUGCCAGGUAUAGUAAUCCCAGCAAUUUGGGAGGCUGAGGUAGGAGGAUCACAAAUUCAAGGCCAGCCUCAGCAACUUAGCAAUAUCCUGUCUCAAAAUAAAAAAUAAAAAGGACUAGGGAUGUAUUUCAGUGAUAAAGUGCCCCUGGGUUAAAUCCCUAGUACUCACCCCACCAAAAAAACACAAAUCUUCCCCUUUUUGGGAGGGAAGGGGCUGUCUCCUAAUACAAAUCUACAAUAUCUCCCUAAUUUUAAUAGUUUCUUCAUCAUUUCAGAUAUCUAAAGGCAGGAGAAAGGAAGCCACUUUUUAGGAGCUGUCAUAUCAGAGAAUCUGAAAAACAGUAGGGGAGACAUAAUAGGAAAAAGCAGAUGCUAAAGAUGUCAGAAUGCUAAAAAAUAUUCUUAGUUCUGCUGUAGCUUUUUUUUUUUUUUUUUUUUAAUUGGCUGUUGUCUCAAAUUCAUAUUUGGCAAGGUUUUCAGCUUACUCUCUUGAGGGUUUCUUUUAGGAGCCAACUCUUUUAGGAGCUUUUCUAUUUGUAACAUAAAUAUGUUAGUAUUCAAAUUGUAGUCCAAAAAUACUGAAAUAUUUAUUACAUAAAUAUUGACACAUGUUACUGCCAAAGAAUAGGGAGAUUUGCUCAUAAGGACAUUCGAUUUUGUUCUGUCUUGUUUUUAGAGAUACAUGUUUUUUAACAACCUUGAAAAAAAUCAGCCCAUUCUUUUAAUCUAUUUUCAAUAUAUUCUUUUUCAAAAACAGAUUCUGAGCACUUUAUUUUUCCAAAUGAUAUAAUUAAAUCAUUCCAUACCUUAAUAUCUUCAGGUUUUUCCCCCUUCUUAAUGUACUUUUUAUAAAUUGAUGCAUAGUUUUCCUUUAAGCAGAAACAGAUAGGCAUGCUUAUUUUCAAGAAAAAAAUUAUAAACUUCAUUAUAUUCUCCUUGUGUGUUACUUUUAAAUUUAUAUAGAUCUAGUAAAGUUGUCAACAGUUUGUUUUUGACCCUUUAACCAUCUCCUUAAAGUCACAUUUGACUCUUCCCACUCAUAGGUACAUUGAUGUCAAAAUAUUUUGUUUUUUUCUUCUCAGCUUCCUGCUCUUAUUAACUGGUAUUAUGAAUCAAAUUAAGUAUUCUUUGUGAAACAACAAUAUACUGUUACAGAAUGUGUCUUAGCUAAUGAAAAUAUUUUAAGUAGGUAUUAGUUUAUUUGACUUGUUACUAAAGUGCUUAAUGUUGCUAAAAGUAUCUGUUCUGACAUCUUUGAAUUUUUGAAGUGAAAAUAAGGGACUUCUUAAAAAAUUUUCCCCCUUCUUAAUGGUGCUGGGAAUAGACCCAGGCCUCAAGCAUGCUAUGUAAGCGUUCUCCCAAUCAUAAUUCUUUUGAGUGGGCUUGGUGCUUAAUUAAUAUCCUGUUAGGAAGUUUUGAGAUGCUUUCCUCUUCCUUUUAAAGUUUUAUAAUCAGGCAAAAGAAUUGAUCUAUAGUGUCAAAUUCUAAGCAAGUUACGAUGAAAUUCUUUCCAUAGUUCAAAUACAGAUGAUUAAAUGCUAUAUUUGUUUUAUUUUCUUGGUGGCCUGACUUAGUAUGUGUUCUAACUACAAAGACUCAUGUCAGUUAAGGGAAAUUUUCAAUAUGCUAGAAAUAUGGCAUAACAUUGUAGUAUAGAUACAGGAAAUGACUGUACACAAAUGCCAAAAAAUUAUUUGGGACCUUUUAAUUUCUUUUAACAGUAGUACUAUUUUUUUUUAAUAGCCAUAGUUACUUUUGAUUCAAAUGCACUAAAAUAUCACUGCUGUUUACAGGUUCUGUAUGAUUCAUAAUGCUUUGUACUCCAGAAAAUAAUUGCUAGAUUUAUCUUGUUUUGAAAUUAUCAUGUUUUGACAGUUGCCCAUCAAACUGAAUUUUUGAUUAUGUAUAAAUGGUAAAAUUCAAACAUUAAUAUUUUGCCUUAUUUUGAUUAGUAGAUUCAAAAUAUAAAAAUAUUAAAAAUUGGGGAAUAAAAAGAGACUUUUUUCCCGUGUUGUAUUUUUUAAAUGUUUCAGAUGAAUUAGAAAACACCUUAGUAAAUUGGAGUUGGUGUUGUAUUGAUUACAUUCCCAGCUCUAAAGCCUUAUACUCAUGUGUUUAGUAUUUUUGAUUGUUCUAUGAAUUGUCGCUAUUUUCAUAUUGAACAUUGUAGUUUCCAUCUUGCAUUUUAGCCUUUGCAAAAAGAGUAUUGCUAGAUAAAUUCUUAAUUCUGGUUAACUAUUGAAUUUAUAAUUUCACAAUUUUGUUCUUUGCCAUUAUAAUCCAAAAAUUAUGCCCACAUAGAACUCUAAAUUUCUCACUCCACAAAUGAAAGUAUAAUACGGAUUGAACAAUGUUGUGAUUGAACAUAACAGUGUCCAAGCAUUUCUACCUGUUUACCAAGUUUACCAACAACUUCCUAUGCAUUGAAAUUGGUAGAUUUUCUCACUGUUUUUCUGAGGUGAAUGACUUGUUAGAAAGCUUCAGUAAGAAAUUUUAACUAAAAUCACAAAAAACAAAGUCAAAAAAAACCAUCAGAAGAUGGAUUUUAGUGUUUUUGAAGUCUUAUAUUUCCUUUUGGUAUCACUCAUCUUAAUUAUACAACUGCCAACUUGUUAUGGUAUUAAUUAUAUGUAUGUGUUUAUAUGUAUGCAUAUAAUAUAUGUAUAUGUAUAUGGAGAAUAAAGUUAAGAUUUGGUCAAACUAUAUUUUCCCAUUCAAGUACAAAAAAUGUUUUCAAGGCUGCAAAAAGUGUACAGUUGUUAAACAAGUUGUAAAUAAAGACUUGUAUAAAAAUUCAGCUUAGAUUUUUUUUCUGCUCUUGCAGAUUGUGUCUUAUCAAUUUGAGGAUUACAUCACUGAUCUUAUUAUAAAUCCAGAAUAGUCCUUGAGAUUUUUCCUUAAUAACUGAUAGAUUUUUUGUUGAUUUAGUCUGCUACUUAGUGCAUAUGAGCUAACUAACCUGAGUUCUUACUGAU